UCGUGUCCAAACAAUACGUCUCUGCUAAGUAUUCUAUCUAAUUUGCUCUGCGUCUCUUUCCUUCCUCUCUCUCUCUCUAAAACCAAUGGACUACGAUUUCAGGAACAGAACAGGUCCACCAUAUAGUAAUUCACAAGCCCCUAUGUACAGGCCAGCCACAUCUUCACCGUCGAUGUACGGAUCACAACCUCUCUACCCUAGGAUCGGUCAAUCGGGUCAACCCGUCAACGUUCCCGGUGCUCGUACCUCUUCUCAGCAUCAUCCGACCUCCUCUCCCUCCUCUUCUUCUGGAAUUGGCAUUAGGGUUGCUAUUAAACCUGAAUAUCGGAUUUCACCACCGCCUCAAUUGUCACCACAAAUUGGAGAAAUUCCCAGAUGCACUUUGCAGUUUGACUUUGAAUUUGAAAAAAAAAUACUAGCUGAAGCAGAGAAGGAAAACCAGAAUUGGAGCAGGCUAGGCCUGGAAAACCUUCCAUCUAAAAGUACAGAUUCGACAUCGUCUGUGGGCUCUGUCACAGAUCCCAUAGUGAGCAAAUACAUAGCAUCAGGUCUCAGCCGAGAGGCUGUGCCCCUUGCAGUGGCAAAUUAUGGAGACAAUCCAACCAAGGUUAAGGAAUUUGUCAAUGGUUACAACCUCAUGCGGGAUAUGGGAUUCUCAUCAAACAAAGUUGCAGAAGCUUUGCUUAUGUACGACAAUGACACGGACAAGGCAGUGUCCUAUUUUCUCAACAAUUCGUCUUGAGGAUGCUGAGGACAGAUAGACCCAGCAGUAUUACUCUCUGGGUGAUGCUAUUAUACAUUUCCAUUUGUGUAGUGUUUAUAGUACAGUUUGGUGAUGUUAUUCUGGUUACAACUUAUAAGAUUGUAAAAGCAUUUCAGGCAUAAAAACCAACAAAUUACUACUGCUUAUUGUGUUUA